AUGGCUUACCUACCACGUAUUGCGGAGUCCGAUCGGAAAUUCGGUAUCUUGCAUGGUUGUGCGAAUCCCCCCAGACUACAAAACUGGUGGCCGUGGGGCAUUGAUCGCUUGAUCCAAAUAUGGACUGCCGACUCAGAACAGCUUCUGCUGGAUCUAUUUACAUUCCAUUUUAGUGACUGCGGCAAUACAUUGGAGCAGAAGUUCCUUGGAACAAUAGCAUUUGGCACGACAGAUCCCGAGAAUGUAGAAGCAGUUCUGACAAACACCAAGGGUCUUUACAACGCCUCGCCAAUAAGACUAAAGAGUCACAAGCUUACAAUAUCGAGCAGAUUUUGGCUUCGGGCUGCGGCGAAGGAUCUUCUUUCCCUUCUUAGGAGAUGUCUUCUCCGCCAAAUACCCGGCGAUGGAGGAGAGGUGGACCUCCAGCCCUUGUUCUUUCGCCUGACCUUGGAAACGACCACCGAAUUCCUGUUUGGGAAAUCGAUCGCUAGCAUGAGGUCUGCAGAGUUCAAGGGCCAGAAGUUUGCGAAGGACUUUGGUAAUGAUCAGAGAUAUGUUAUGCAGCGCUUCAGGCUUCUAGACCUAUAUUGGUUAAUCGAUGGUCCUAACUUUUGGCGUUCAUGUACCUCUGUCCAUCAGCUCAUUGAGGGGAUGAUCGAAGCACGAGUGAGAGAUAAUCUAGACAGUGGCGAAAAGGAUGGGCAAUGUGUCUUUGAUUCUAUCGCAGAAGGGCUGAGCACCAGAGAAAGCCUUAGGGGCCAGUUACUCAAUGUGCUCUUAGCUAGUCGAGAUACGACAGCAUGCCUGUUAAGUUGGACAUUCUUCUGCUUGGCACAACACCCCAAUGUCCUGAGUCGUCUGAACGGUGAGAUAGCUACGAUUGUGGGCAACGAGGACGACAUGACACGCGAUACCUUGAAGAAGAUGACGUAUCUAGAUAAGGUUCUGCGAGAAGUACUUCGGCUCUAUCCGUCCGUCCCCGUAAACACUAGGACCGCCCAUAAGACGACUAUACUUCCAACUGGUGGCGGGAAAAACCGAGACAAACCGGUUGUGGUUCGCAAGGGUCAAAAUGUCGCCUUCUGUGUCUACGCAAUGCAUCGGCGUGAGGAUCUGUAUGGACCAGACGCUCAUGUCUUUCGUCCUGAGAGGUGGGAUGAGGAUCUACCCUAG